AGAGUUGCAAUUCCGGUUAGGGGGCGGAUUUUGUUUACGUUGCUCGCAGAUCUAGAGUUUUUUCCUUCCCCACCUCGCGCUCCAAGAUGGGGAAAUCCUUUGCCAACUUCAUGUGCAAGAAGGACUUUCAUCCCGCCUCCAAGUCCAAUAUCAAAAAAGUAUGGAUGGCAGAACAGAAAAUAUCAUAUGAUAAGAAGAAACAAGAAGAAUUAAUGCAACAGUAUCUUAAAGAACAAGAAUCAUAUGAUAAUAGAUUGCUUAUGGGAGAUGAACGUGUGAAGAAUGGCCUUAAUUUCAUGUAUGAGGCCCCACCAGGAGCUAAAAAAGAAAACAAAGAGAAAGAAGAAACAGAAGGAGAGACUGAAUACAAAUUUGAAUGGCAGAAAGGAGCCCCACGAGAAAAAUACGCCAAAGAUGACAUGAACAUCAGAGAUCAGCCCUUUGGUAUUCAGGUUCGAAAUGUGAGGUGCAUUAAAUGUCACAAAUGGGGCCAUGUCAAUACAGAUCGAGAAUGUCCUUUGUUCGGUCUUUCUGGAAUCAAUGCAAGUUCAGUUCCUACGGAUGGCUCAGGGCCAUCGAUGCACCCCUCGGAGCUAAUAGCGGAGAUGAGAAACAGUGGGUUUGCACUGAAACGAAAUGUACUGGGGAGAAACUUGACUGCAAAUGAUCCAUCACAGGAAUAUGUUGCAAGUGAGGGUGAAGAAGAUCCAGAAGUUGAAUUUUUAAAGUCACUAACAACUAAACAAAAACAGAAACUUCUCAGGAAGUUGGAUCGACUUGAGAAGAAAAAGAAAAGAGAUAGAAAAAAGAAAAAGCUUCAGAAGAGCAGAAGUAAACACAAAAAACAUAAAAGCAAAUCCUCCUCAUCCUCCUCCUCCUCCUCCUCCUCGUCCUCCUCCUCUUCUUCCUCCAUCGAGACUUCAGAAAGCAGCAGUGAGAGUGACGACAAACAAAAAAAAAUACAAAAGCAGAAAAGAAAGAAAAACAAGUGUUCGGGGUAUAACAGCAGUGAUUUUGAAGAGAAAGACAAAUCUAAGAAGAGAAAACUUUAUGAAGAACUUUCUAGCAGUCAUAGUAACAAGGAAAAAGACAGGGAAAAGCCUAGGUUUUUAAAACGAGAGAGUUCUGGGAAGAACAGCAAAUGGAGCCAUUCGAAUUCUGACAGAAAGUCCAAAAGCCGUAACUAUAGCCCAAAGAAGAGAGGAUCUGAAAGAAAUGAGAGAAGCAGCAGAAGCCAGAGCAGGGAUGAGAAGGGUAGGAGAAGUCGAAGCAGAAGUCACAGUAGUUACAAGCAGAGGGAGAUUAGAAAAUGGACACAGUGCAGCCCCAGUGAAGAGCAGAACAGAAAUGACACCAGAAGCCGUGGCACAGAUACACACAGAGGAGAAAAAAUGCACAGAGAGAACUCAGGAGAUAAGCAUACUAAAGUGACACAAAGAGAACGAAGCAGAAGUAGAGAGAAAAUAAAGAGAGACUAUAUGUGAUAUUACCAGGAAUAAAAAUAUCUCUACUUUCUUAUUGAAUACCUUCAGUAAGGGCUAAAUUAUAUACUAUUGUCUUUCUGAUAAAAAAAAAACUCCAAUUUUCCAUCUCUGUAAACUGCCAUUUAAGUACAAAACUACAUGAAUACCAUAAGAAUUAAUUUUGCAAGUAUUUGUGAGUAAUCUGUUUUGAAGCUGUAGAAAUAUUUUCUGUUGGUAAAUCUUUCUUGUGCCCUAUACUAGAUAAAAACCCCAUAUAAGUGUGUGAUAUUUUCUUUGUUCUGAAAUAUCAUUAAAAGAAUGACAGUACAUUGAAUGGCUAUAAUUGAAUUUUUGUUUUUUUAAUUCAAAUUUGUUAUUUUAAAAUUUAAAUUUGCUUGA